GCCGGGGAGGCGCGGAGAGCGCUGGUGCUGAUGCAGGAUGGCUGAGCGCGCUGGAGCCCGGGAGGUCUGAGCCGGGCGAGGCUCGCUCCCUGCGCAUCGCCUCGUCCGCCCGCCGCGUGGUUGCGGGCAGGUGGGCCGGGGUAGCUGAGUAAGGCCAGGACAGACAGGUCCGCGGCCGGCGGGGCCGGAGGCCGAUAGGCUGUCCGCCUCCCCGUCUCCGAGCGGCUGGGGCGGCCAGCCCGCUGAGUUCGCGAUGACCUGCUGAGAGGCGUCGUGGGAGGCUGCCGGAGGCGGCCUAGCUGUAGGCGGCGCGGCUAGCGGCCUCCUCCCUCUUGGUGCCCAGCCCCGGCCCCCCACCCAUCCCGCGCCCCCUCCCUGCCGCCGGCCGAGAUGGCGGAUCCAGCUGAAUGCAGCAUCAAAGUGAUGUGCCGGUUCCGGCCCCUCAACGAAGCCGAGAUCCUCCGCGGGGACAAAUUCAUCCCCAAAUUUAAAGGCGACGAGACCGUGGUGAUCGGGCAAGGGAAGCCAUAUGUCUUUGACAGAGUGCUACCGCCGAACACAACCCAAGAGCAGGUUUACAAUGCGUGUGCAAAGCAAAUUGUCAAAGAUGUCCUUGAAGGUUAUAACGGGACAAUUUUUGCGUAUGGGCAGACGUCAUCAGGAAAAACCCACACCAUGGAGGGGAAGCUGCAUGACCCUCAACUCAUGGGGAUUAUUCCCAGGAUCGCCCAUGAUAUCUUUGACCAUAUCUACUCCAUGGAUGAGAACCUGGAGUUUCACAUCAAGGUUUCCUAUUUUGAGAUCUACUUGGACAAAAUAAGGGACUUACUUGAUGUAUCUAAGACCAACCUGGCUGUUCAUGAAGAUAAAAACAGGGUCCCGUAUGUAAAGGGGUGCACCGAGCGAUUCGUGUCGAGCCCAGAGGAGGUCAUGGAUGUGAUAGAUGAAGGCAAAGCAAACCGACAUGUGGCCGUAACAAACAUGAAUGAACACAGCUCUAGAAGUCACAGUAUCUUCCUGAUUAAUAUUAAACAAGAGAAUGUAGAGACUGAAAAAAAACUCAGUGGGAAGCUUUAUUUGGUUGAUUUGGCUGGGAGUGAAAAGGUCAGCAAAACUGGUGCCGAGGGAGCUGUUCUCGAUGAAGCUAAAAAUAUCAAUAAGUCUUUGUCUGCUCUUGGAAAUGUGAUCUCUGCCUUAGCAGAAGGGACAAAAACACAUGUGCCAUACCGGGACAGCAAGAUGACUCGGAUUCUCCAAGACUCUCUGGGUGGGAACUGCAGAACCACCAUUGUCAUUUGCUGUUCUCCUUCUGUCUUCAAUGAGGCUGAGACCAAGUCCACACUGAUGUUUGGACAGAGAGCUAAGACCAUUAAGAAUACAGUCUCUGUGAACCUGGAACUGACGGCAGAAGAAUGGAAAAAGAAAUAUGAAAAAGAGAAAGAGAAAAACAAGACUUUGAAGAACGUUAUCCAGCAUCUGGAGAUGGAGCUAAACCGGUGGAGGAAUGGAGAAGCCGUACCUGAAGAUGAACAGAUCAGUGCUAAGGACCAGAAGAACCUGGAGCCCUGCGAUAACACCCCCAUCAUAGACAACAUCGCUCCUGUUGUUGCCGGCAUCUCCACAGAGGAGAAGGACAAGUACGAUGAGGAGAUCUCCAGUCUCUACAGACAGCUGGAUGAUAAGGAUGAUGAAAUUAACCAGCAGAGCCAGUUGGCUGAAAAGCUAAAGCAACAGAUGUUGGAUCAGGAUGAGCUUUUAGCUUCUACGAGAAGAGACUAUGAGAAGAUACAGGAGGAGCUGACACGUCUCCAGAUUGAAAAUGAAGCAGCCAAAGAUGAGGUGAAAGAAGUUCUUCAGGCCCUUGAGGAGUUGGCUGUCAAUUAUGACCAGAAGUCACAGGAAGUGGAGGAUAAGACCAGAGCCAAUGAGCAGCUGACAGAUGAGCUGGCCCAGAAAACGACUACACUGACAACCACACAAAGAGAGCUAAGCCAGCUACAAGAGCUUAGCAACCACCAGAAAAAGAGGGCUACUGAGAUCUUGAACUUGCUGUUGAAGGAUCUGGGGGAGAUAGGUGGAAUUAUUGGUACUAACGAUGUGAAGACGCUGGCAGAUGUGAAUGGCGUCAUUGAGGAGGAGUUCACCAUGGCCCGGCUAUACAUCAGCAAGAUGAAGUCAGAGGUCAAGUCCUUGGUCAACCGCAGCAAGCAGCUGGAGAGCGCCCAGAUGGACUCCAGCAAGAAGAUGAGUGCCAGUGAGCGGGAGCUGGCUGCCUGCCAGCUGCUCAUCUCCCAGCAUGAAGCCAAGAUCAAAUCUCUCACGGACUACAUGCAGAACAUGGAACAGAAGAGGAGGCAGCUGGAAGAGUCCCAGGACUCGCUCAGUGAAGAGCUGGCCAAGCUCCGGGCCCAAGAAAAAAUGCAUGAAGUCAGCUUCCAAGACAAGGAGAAGGAGCACCUGACACGGCUGCAGGACGCUGAGGAGAUGAAGAAGGCGCUGGAGCAGCAGAUGGAGAGCCACCGGGAAGCUCACCAGAAGCAGCUGUCCAGACUUAGAGAUGAAAUUGAGGAGAAGCAGAAGAUCAUUGAUGAGAUUCGGGAUUUGAAUCAGAAACUGCAACUGGAACAGGAAAAGCUCAGUUCUGAUUAUAACAAGCUGAAAAUAGAGGACCAAGAGAGAGAAAUGAAGCUGGAAAAGCUCUUAUUGCUCAAUGAUAAAAGGGAACAGGCCAGAGAGGACCUCAAAGGGCUGGAGGAGACAGUGUCUAGAGAACUGCAGACGCUUCACAACCUCCGUAAACUCUUCGUCCAGGACCUGACCACUCGAGUUAAAAAAAGUGUAGAGUUGGACAGUGACGAUGGAGGGGGCAGUGCAGCGCAGAAGCAGAAGAUUUCCUUCCUCGAGAACAACCUGGAGCAGCUCACUAAGGUUCACAAGCAGCUGGUGCGGGACAACGCGGACCUGCGCUGCGAGCUGCCCAAGCUGGAGAAGCGUCUGCGUGCCACCGCUGAGCGCGUCAAGGCCCUGGAGAGCGCUCUGAAGGAGGCCAAGGAGAACGCCAUGCGCGACCGCAAGCGCUACCAGCAGGAGGUGGACCGCAUCAAGGAGGCCGUGCGGGCCAAGAACAUGGCCCGGAGGGCCCACUCGGCCCAGAUCGCCAAGCCCAUCCGCCCUGGACACUACCCAGCAUCAUCUCCAACGGCUGUCCAUGCCAUCCGAGGGGGAGGAGGUGGUUCUUCGAGCUCCACUCACUACCAGAAAUAAAUACAAAAUACGACUCCACGUAGCAUGUCAAGGACUAUAUUAAUCACCAAUCCCUUUAUUUUUUCCUCUUCCUACAGUUUCUCUUUUUUUUAUACUUGCUCACCCCAGCCAUCUGCAGUACACCAGUUUCAGAUAUUUCUGAGCUAUGUAGAAUUUCUGUGUACAGACAUGUGCUUGGACUUUUCUCUUCCUGAGAAAUCUGAGGGAGAUGAUUGCAGAAGAUCCAUUUGCUACUCAGAACCGUCACACUAACUCAGCCUCUGGGGCGCCGGGUGGUCCCUGGACCGUCUCCUGUCAGCAGUGCACUGUCCCAUCUGAGUGCCCUCAUGUGCCCUUCCCUGGAGGGGGACAACCAAGUGCCGUGGAGGCAGGUGACCAUGCUCUCUGCUUCAACUGUCUGGUUUCCUGUAAAAUAAACACAUUACUUUAUAUUUUUAGGGGACAAAAGUGCUGCUAUAGCGUUCAAAAUUUUCAUCCUGAACACUUUUCCAAAACAAAUGACCCCAAAGAAGCAUUUUGAAAUAUCCUGGUCACAUCUUUGGAUCUGUAAAAUACACUUUUUAGUAUGGCACCUUGUUAAAAUGCAAAGCAAAUUUCUUCGAGGCCGAAAAACAAUCUGACAGUAGCAAUGUAGAAUUUGUUCAUCCUAACACAUCUAUGUAAAUGUAAAAAGUCAUAGAAUUCUUCGAGCUGCUUGCUAGUGAACCUGCAGCGACUGGUCGUGGCCAGCCCAGUCUGAACAUCAUUCCUUUGGAAAUGCUGAAAAUGCUGCCCAGUUGGAUGAGUGGAAACCAGGCUGCCUCCCUCCUCCCUGCUUCCUCCCUGGUUCUGCAGCUUAUACUAGGGAUGUCUCCUUUACCUAGGAAACCACCUGAAGGUUGAGGGGGUAUUGCUGAAGAAAUCCAGCAUCAUUGCAAUAGUUGAAAAAGGAAGCCCUCGGGGGAGGGGGAAGUAAUUGACCAAAUUUUACACCUAUCUAUGAAUAAGUUGCCAUGAGUAAGUUGUUAUUUUAACCCAUCAUUGCAGACUGUUUAUUUGAACUCUUCCUUUGGCACUCAGUAGGUUUCAUCUUCUUAGGCACAAUUUGAAGAAAUCAGUAUAGAUGGAUGUUUUUACAUUUAGCUGUUGCUUUUUUCAAAUACAUGAAUCUUUCUUCCAGUUAUGCAAGUAGUACAGUUUUCAAGGAAAGUGAUUCAUUAAGUUGGUCUUUUGUGCUGCUAAUUCUUUUGACAAGUUUUGGGGGUAAGUUAAUGACAUGCAAACCAAUCUCAGUGAAAGCACCCAUCCUGUCAUGGUGUGUGGUGCCCAAGAUAAGUGAGCUGGCACUGCCCCUGCAGCUGUCACUACUGGAAUGAAAAGUGUGCCAGGGGAGACUUUGGGGUUUUAUGUAUGGCUGUAUGGGUCAAAGAUAAUUUGUGUAUGUGUGUGUCUAAAUGUAUAAAAAGAGCUAAGGACUGUGCACCUUGCACUGGCUUCUAGAUUCUUCUUGUAUAAAAUUUCCCUAACCAAGGAAACUCACUUUGACUUAAUUUAUUUGUUAAAUGUUGCACUUUGUUCAUGUGUUUUGAUUUGGGGAGGAGAGAGGGAGGACGAAUUCUCUUAAAGUAUUUAUUUCAUAAAGAUGGCAAUUUUGCAUUCAUUUAAGCAUUUUUUUCAUUCUGUUUGAUUUUGUUGCCAGUGCCUGAAUAUAACUGCUCAAUUGCUAUUUGCAGUCUGAUAGAAAGGUCCUCGUAGGGCAGGUUUUGCAAACCUUAUCAAGUAAUAACAUAUGCUGCAUAACUUUGUUAAUACGUUUGCCUCUGCAGAAGCUAAAACACUGGUCUUUGAGAGGAUUGCCAAUUAAUACUUGUCAUUCCACCCCUCUGUUGUGCAACUGUAUUACUUGGUGUUUGGAAAUUGAACAAAGGUCAGUAAUUUUUUUUGGCUCUUGUUAAUAUCCAUUAUAAAAUGGAUUAUUUUAGAUUCUUUCCAGAGUAAUUUUUCCCUUGGUACCCUUCUUCUACUUCUAAAGAAUUUCUUGGCCCUUUCAUGUUUCAAAAGAAAUACUCACUUGUAGUCGUGUAUUGCUUGAUUUCAACAAGGGACUGACAAAAUUUGCUUUACUUUUAUUCACAGAGAAAGUUGGCUUUGAUGUCUCUUAAAGAUAAUUUUGCUAGUUGCUGAUCAGCCAGUCAGUUCAGCUAGCUUCAGUCUUCAUAGGACCUCUAAUCUGAUUUUCUUAUACUGUGACUAAAAGGUAGGCAGAUUAUGGGACUAGAUUAUAUAGUAUAUUCAAAAGGAUCUCUAACUAUUGCUUUGUAUAAUAAGCCGGUUAUUAUAUUAGGACCAAGUUUUCUGUAGGCCACUUUUUAAAAAAGCCACAAUUUACAGUUUUAAUUUUUUUUAGAUGUUGCUCCCUCUGCUUUGAAUAUAAAAACCACACUUCUGAACGGCUGAGGCUGUGGUUAUAUUUUUGGUGGUAUGGUGCUUUUUGCGGGUGUGUGCGUGUGUGUGUCUUUUUUGUCUUCUAUGAAUAAUUUUGUGUUUUGUGCUACUUCUUGAAGGUUUACUCUUUGAUGCUAUAAGAGAGCAGCCAGAUGGUUUAUACAAACAAUCCCCACCUGCAGGACGGUGUGUCGCUACUUUAGAGCUAAGGACUGUGCACCUUUGCACUGGCUUCUAGAUAGAAAAUAAAAUUGAAUGCUAUUUGAGAUAUCGAGAUUUAUGGUUGGGAAUUAAAAUAUAUUCAUGCCAAAUGUGUUUUGAUCAUUUAUUAGAGAAUUCUGCACACAUGUAUUGUUUCUUGAAAUGCUAUAUACACUUGGCUUUUGUUGAACAGGAGGUAGCAGGCAGAACAAUGAGUGGAUUAAGACUUCCAAAGGGAAUAAAAUCGUAGGACAAAGAAAAUCAGAAUUGAUAGAAAUACUGGGAUAAAUGAAGAAAGAAAAAGGUUUGUCUAGAAUGUAGCAUCUAGUGACUUUUUGAAGCCCUCAAGUUUAUAUAAGCAAGCUCCACUUUCCUAUAUUAAUAACUGAAAGCAAAUAAAAGUUCUUAACAAUCCCCUCUUUUGAAGUGCGUUUUUUAGCAGGGCAGGAGACAUUUGGAGUCUAGGUAUAUGACAUAUUGGGUCAGUUUUUCAUUGCAGGGGAUAGGGGGAAGAUUUCACUUCACUGUCUCAUCCUGAAUAUCUUGAGCAAGCUAAAUUAGGAACCAUCAUAGUCUCAAAUUGCUUCAUUUAACACUAACAACGUAGACUUUUUAAACAAAAGUAUUGAAUAAGGGUCAGGUAACUACCGAGGAGGCACUGCUCCAUGAAAUCUACUCACUUAUUUAAAAAUUGUGUAUCACUUUUAAAUACUUUUAAUUGUGUGCAGAUCUAAGGGGAAUAGGGCAUUCUGUAGAAUUAUACAUGUCUAGUUUGUAAAGUGUAUUGUGUGUACUGCAGAUGUGUGUUGGGCUUUCUGUAUCUGUACAGUAGCUUUCGUUAAAAAAAUUGUGGACAGACUUGUCUUGGGGGUUUGAGGGGGAGAAUGGCAGUUUAUACCAAGUAAUGUUGUAUUAUAGUCCAUGUAACAAAAGGCCUGGAAGUAACCCUCCCCUGGCCCGUGGAAAAUUUUGGUUCUUCUAGGUUCUAAAAUGAAGAUAUAUGGAUACUCUGGCAGACUGCAUGUUGUAUAAUUUGAAAAAUACUAAAAGUGGAAAAUAAAAUUGAAUUAAACUUUG